AGUGGUCCUUUGCUUCCUUCUUUAGCUCCAAGUCUCAAGAACACAAACAAGAGAAACCCAAUGGGAAUGUUGUGGGGCCUCAAAACAUCCCCUCAAAACGCGUCAAGUUAAUCGAAGUAGUGUUCAAAUUAACGGUAAACAUGCCUCCUAAAGUGGUUGUGAAUCCAGAACCUGUGGUUUUGGAGACCACGGUGGAGUGCGACAGUGAUUUCGAGGAUUAUGCAGUGCAUGAGGUGGUCGUUCCUCCUGUGCGGGUCAGAAUUCGUCACAAGCCAGAUUGUAAAUUCACUCCGGAAAUGGUGGCAUUGCUCGAGAAGAAGACGCCCUAUGCCCAGAUUACCACUGAAGUAGGAGAGGAAGAUGAGUUCGAAUUUUUCGCCAAUGACAAACUUGUGUACUCCAAGCGUCAUUUACGGAAGUACCCAAAGAACAAAGAUGAAUUGGUGGAAAUCACUCGUUGGAUGAAUAAAGGGAAAACUUUCAUGCAUAUGUACUUAUGCACGGUGGCCGAGGGUGGUGAGCCCAAAAUGGUGAUUGCAGACCGGAAGAACACACCCCUGGCAAAAAGGUUGAUUCUAGCCUGCACCAUUCAAUAAUUCCAGUGGAUCCCAUACUUGAAAGGUCAACCAGCUCAUGGACAAUCAGCCAAGAAUUUGGCAUCAAAUGACCAUUUCACUUCAAUAUUUUAACAAAUGAUUACUGUUUUUCUCUGAAUUCAAUUUGACAAUAAAGUUCAUUCAAUUUCUCGA